GUUCUCCUUCUCUUCUGAGGGGGCUCUGUGUGCAGAAGAUGGAGCCAGCCCAGAGCUAGCUGAGAAGGACCAGGAGGACAGGGAGGCCAGGAACCCAGGUCAUUCAAAUAAGCUGACUAACUGAAAGGGGAAGAGUGAGUAAAAGGAAGGGAUUUUGGUGCAAGACACAUCUCUAUGCAAGACAUUAUUUUCAAAGAGUAUCUGAGAGUUUCAUUUGCUCACACUUGCUAAGUGAGUUGUUGAUUUAAGAUUGUCACACAAGAUGAAAAGAAAAGGGAAAAGCAACCCGUGCUUACUACAACUUCUCUUUGGUUUCUGUAUGGCUGCCUUUUCUGGCAGCAGUGCCUGCCCGAAGCCUUGUGCCUGCUAUGUACCUACUGAGGUACAUUGUACAUUCAGGUACCUCAGCACCAUCCCACCACACAUCCCUCGAAAUGUGGAACGUAUCAACUUAGGUUACAACAGUUUGGUUAAACUGACUGAAAGAGAUUUUUCUGGCCUGGAGAAGCUGGAGUUGUUGAUGUUGCACAGUAAUCAAAUACAUACUGUUCAAGACAGAACAUUUUCUGAUUUGCAUUUGUUACAGGUCUUAAAGAUGAGCUAUAACAAAGUCAAAGUUGUUCAUGCAGACACGUUUCAUGGUCUCACAGGUCUGGUACGUUUGCAUAUGGAUCAUAAUCAGAUUGAAUUUAUAAACCCCAAUGCAUUCUAUGGUCUUACAUCACUGAAGCUGGUCCACUUGGAAGGAAAUGUACUUAAACAACUUCAUCCAAAUACUUUUGUCACUUUGUGCUACCUUCAAAUUUUUAAGACAUCUUCCAUAAAACAUAUCUACCUGUCUGAUAACCUAUUUACUUCUCUGCCACAAGACAUUUUCACAUAUAUGUCUGACUUAGAACGCCUCUACCUUCAUGGAAACCCUUGGAUUUGUGACUGUUCAAUGAAGUGGUUUGCCAAGUGGACAGAACAGAACCCAGAUGUUGUAAAGUGCAAAACAGACCGAGGCUCUUCUGGUGUUCUUCAGUGUCCAUUGUGCUCCAACCCCAGAACUUCUAAAGACAAACAGUUAGCUGACUUGUCCCUCUCAGAUUAUAAUUGCAUAAAACCAACUAUAGACACAACCUUGAAAACAAAGAACAUCACUGUGCCAGAUGACGGGGACUUUAUUUCAAUUUCCCCCAAAGAUUUUAUGGCUCCCAUAGGGUCUGUGGUAUUAAACAUGACAGACCAAGCACAGAAUAGGGCGAGCUUGGCUUGCAGUGUACAAAAUCCUUCAAAGAUUUCUCCAGUUUCAUUUCAAAAAAUGGAUAACAUCACAGUACUGAAAUCAUCAUUGUUGACAUUUCUUGUGUGUAGCAUUGAGUAUGAGCAUAUUCAGCAGCUGUGGAGCAUACUGGCCCUAUAUAGCAAUUCUCCACUCAAACUGAAAAGGGAGCAAUUACUCAAAGAAGCACCUUAUCUGAGUUACAAAUACAAACAAACAGAUUCUGAAAAUGAAGACCUUUUUACUGACAUAGAUGCUGAGUUGAGAGCUGAGCCUCCUUGGUUGAUGCAGGAACAAAUAUCUCUGCAAUUAGAUAGAACAGCAAGCACACUCAACACUCUACAUAUCCAGUACGCAAUGGAUGUUCAGAUUACUCUCCCAGUUGCUGGUCCCAAAUCAGCAGGACAGAGAUGGGCCAUGAUAUUCCAAAGAAAUAGCACAAGAACUGAAUACUCUGUUUUAGCAGGUAGAUCUGUGGAAUUGGAUUGCCAGGCAAUUGGAGAUCCUACCCCUGUAAUUGAGUGGGUAUUAGCUGAUGGGAGUAAGAUUAAAGCUCCGUAUGUUAGUGAAGAUGGGAGAAUGAUGAUAGCAAAAUCUGGAAACCUCCUGUUACGUGCAGCAGAUAGCUUUGACACUGGAGUGUAUCACUGUAUAGGGACCAAUUAUGAAGAUGCCGAUGUCCUGACCUUUAGGAUUAUUGUGAUAGACCCUUAUAUGGAACAUAACCAUUUUAAUGGACCUCAACUUUCAGUGCUUUUAAAUGAAGCAGUCUACCUUCCAUGCCAGUCUACAGCUACUCCAGAUGCCUCUGUUGACUGGAUCUUACCUGAGCACAUCAUUCUUAAUAAUUCUUCAAAAAACAAGCUUCUUUUUCAAAAUGACACAUUAAAAAUACAACAAACAACAGAUCGGGAUGGUGGUUAUAUCAAGUGUAUAGCAGCCAAUCAAUAUGGUGCAGAUUUUUUGGUUUACCAAAUAGUAGUUAAGAGGCUUGAAAACAGUUCACAAGAACUAGAUAUUCAAGUGGAAGAUGAGGCAGCAGAAGGCUCUGGUGAAAAGCCUGAAGUUAUUAGGAAACCUCAAACUCCUUUGCAGACUGAAGUAACACAUCAGGGAUUUACCAAAGGUUCAUCAAUAAAGCACCCUAUUCUUAACAAAGCCAAAAAUAAUUAUAAAGUGAUUUACAGGAGGAAUAGGGACAAAAUAAGCAAAAGGUAUAGAGGACGCAAGAGGCAAUUUGCUCCCUCCACCAGAAGAAUUGAUCCAUUGCGCUGGGCAGCAUUUCUGGAAAAAACAAAGAAGAAUGCCACAUUGCUAACAACACAAGAACAUGCCAGAGUGAAACCAACAGUAAAAGGUCUUCUGUCUUCAAAGAUUUUUGGAAAUCAAGAGGAAACAUCUGGAGAUGAUAUGUUUCCAGAAGAAGAAUUUAUGUUACUACCAACUAAAAGACCUGCACUAUACACUCUGAGAGAGGCAUCAGGAAAUGUAGUGACAGCAGAACUUGGAAGUGUAUCAAGUAAUUACAGUUCUUUGGCAACAUCUGGCAUGGUCCCAGAAAUAGAAACUCCAGUGACUAGCCCAGUGAUUAUGCUUACUGAGGAACCCAACAGCCAGGAGAUAUAUAUGGAAGUUAAACAUGAAACUGAGAGAGAAUCUUUUGAAGAAUAUCUCACACUACAUAUACCACCUACCUAUACAGAACCAUCAACAACAACAUCCUCUAAACUGCCAAGUAAUGUUGCAAAUGUUUCAGGGACUUUUCACAAACUAAUACCAUCUGAAGAAAAUAUUUUACAUUUAAAAAUGACACCAACAGUAACAACUGCAACAAAUGUUAAUAAGGAAAGUCAGUCUGUGACUGCUGAAAAAAAUACGGUAAAAACUCAUCUAUUUGCAGAAGCAAAUGAGGAAGCAUCAAGAAAACCAAAUAAUCAAGUUUCUGUAGUGACCAUCAGUGCAUCUGAUGAUAUAUUUAGACACAUUUAUGUGUACAGUACCCCCAAAAUAACAACACCCAAGCCACUUUCAGUCUCAACCAUUACCACUCAUCAACAGUUUAAGAGAGUUAGGGAUGUUACGACUCAUACCCCCCUCUACAGACAGUAUGGCAAACGUAAAAAAAUAUCUAGUAGAAGACGAAUAGUUAGACCUGAUUGCAUUCCCAAGCUUUCCAGUCGUAGAUUUCCUUUUGUUAGACCUCGACAGCAAGAAAGCACAUGCAUGCCUCCCCUUGUAGAAGUGAGUGCAUCUACCUUAUCUCCUCCUUACAAAUUUUAUGAACAGACUACCUCUCAAGCACCGCUUCCCUCUUCAUUUAAAAGUCAGCAUGCAGACGCAACAACUUUUAAUCAAAUCUUGACAUUCUCAGGAAACAAGCUGGAUACAGGUGAACAGUAUACAACUUCCAAAAUAAUUACAUUCUAUCCUGAAAAUAGCCAGGUGGUAUCACAAAGAGAAGUAGAAUCUAUUACACCACUACAAACAAUUACUGACAGAAACCCAUCAUUUAUCACUGAUCUUCAAACACAGACAAUCUAUAGCCCAGGAGAUGACAAGGAAACUGAAUCUACCAAAGCUAGCAUAUCACCUUCAACUAUUAAAUCUACCAUUCCCACUCUUGAAACUAAUACAUCUUCCAGUGAUUCAGCAGGGGGAAACUCUUGGCACAAUUUAUUUGGAAGAAGCCAUGUUCAAAGGGAACUACUAGAGAAGCAGCCCAGUUUACAAACAAAGCCUUCUACUACUUUACAAAAAGGUGUAGAAUCUUUGCCUGUGGUAUCUGUCAUACCUGGUCAAACAACUGUACCAAUAGACAGCAUUUCACCAGUAUAUAAAUCUGAUUUUUCAAAGAAUAGGAGCCAGACUGAUGGUCCCACAUUACCACUCAAUGUUACAGAACUGCCAUCUUCAGCUCACAGUUCCAGUCUUACAAGUUUUCUGAAAAAAGAAAGAAAUGCCACUAGCAUGGUACCAGUUCCUAUUCUAAUCACUGCUGCUAAAAUUGAAAAUAAAAUUUCCAGGCCCAGAAUGUUUGGACCUGGCAGAAGAAGAGGUCAAAGGAGGAGAAGGCCCCUGAAGAUGUUCAUGCAAUCUCAGGAGAAUGUGAGUAGCAAUAAAGGAAUUACUACGUUACUGGAAAAAAGAAUGUCUUCUACUACUUUGGAAAUGUCUAAAAAGGUAACUGUGUCUUCUAGCACCAUACAAACGGAAUUAUUUUCAGCAUUAACUGAUAUGGAUGUGGUUACAGCUAGAAUACAGCAACCAAUUGCUAGCACAGAACUUAUAUUUGAAGAUAAUAAACCCACAACAGCUGCUCAGAUAUUGGAAAGGAAUACUACCACAAAAUAUAUUACCGCUACAAACAUCCCAGUGGAUCACUUGUCUUCAGAAAAACCUGUACCUCAGAUCUCACUGCCAGUAUCAUUUUUGGAUGUAGUAAGCACAACCACAGUGUUACCAGACACAUCCUUAACAACACUGAGAUUGUUGUCUAACAAGCCAACACAGGCUACUACAGUGAUAAAUAAGGAGCUAUAUCAACAUUUAGAAAGAAAAGUUGUUCAAGGAAAGAAAACAACAGAAGCAGUCCUUCCUAUUAAAACUGAGUUAAAUGUCCUAAUUCCUACUGACUCAGUGCAUCCCACCACACAAGACCCUAAUCCAUUAACAUCCCAGUCAGGAGUCAUUACAGGUGUAGCUAUCGCAGAAACAACUAUAUCUCCCAAGUGGGAAAAAUCACCUUGGAAUGAGCCAUCUUCUAAAACAGCAGAAAGCAGAAAACCCUUCAUAAUUAAUAUGUUGACAAUAUUGAAAUCUCAGAGUUCCACUCAGUACAGUCCUUUGAAGAGGAAGAACAAUUAUGUCAAAAGUUGGAGUGAGAAGAUACCAGACCAGGAAUCUACCACCACUAAUCUAAUAGCCUUAAAUUCAUUCUAUCAAACUAGAGUUUCAAAACCAAGGAUAAUUGGGGGAAAAUUUGCAGCAUUUACAGUUCUGGCUAAUUCAGAUGCCUUCAUCCCUUGUGAAGCCAGUGGUAACCCUGAGCCCACAAUACAGUGGACCAAAGCGUCAUCAAGUGUUGAUGCACCAAAACACAAACAUGAUAACAAACUUGAGAUUCUUCCGAAUGGUACCCUUUCCAUCCAGAAUGUCAAUGUCCAAGACCGUGGACAAUACAUAUGUACGGCUGCUAAUCAAUAUGGUUCUGACAAGCUUCUUGUCACAUUGUCUGUGGUGACCUACCCACCAAGAAUCCUGGGGAGAAGGUCCAGGAUUAUUACUGUUCAUUCAGGCAAGUCAGUGACCAUGAAGUGUACAGCUGAGGGGCGUCCCAUUCCUACUAUUUCCUGGAUCCUUGCAAACAAAACUUAUAUCUCAGAGUCUUCUAUAGGAAAUGAAGCCAUAUCUUUUCAAACAGAUGGCACACUGACAAUUAAAAAAGCCAGCAUUUAUGACAGGGGGAUUUACACAUGCACUGCAUAUAAUCCAGCUGGUUCUGAUACAGUGACAAUAAAAUUGCAAGUCAUUGCUGCACCACCCAUCAUAUUGGAAGAGAAGAAACAGUAUGUAUUAGAGAAUAAAGGGGAGAGCUUGAUGCUUCCUUGCACUGUCAAAGGAAAUCCUCAUCCAGGUGUUCAUUGGGUCCUCUUUGAUGGAACAGAAGUGAAGCCUUUGCAGUAUAUUAAUGGAAAACUUUUUCUGUUUCCUAAUGGAACACUUUACAUCAGGAAUAUAGCUCCUUCUGACAGUGGAAACUAUGAAUGUAUAGCCACUAGCUCCACUGGUUCAGAAAGGAGAGUAGUAAAUCUCCAGGUAGAACAUGGUGAUACAACCCCUCGAAUUGCAGUGGCAUCUCAAAGGUUGACUCAGCUGAAUUUUGGAGACAGACUACUUCUGAAUUGCUCAGCUACGGGAGAGCCAGACCCAAAGAUCAUCUGGAGACUACCUUCCAAAGCUGUUGUUGACCAAUGGCACAGAAUGGGGAGCCGAAUCCAUGUGUAUCCCAAUGGAUCACUGGCUGUUAAGGCAGUCACAGAGAAAGAUGAAGGUGACUAUAUAUGUGUGGCAAGGAAUAAAAUGGGAGAUGACCUAAUCCUUAUGAAAGUCAGUGUAACAAUGAAACCUGCAAAAAUAGAUGAAAAACACUAUUUUAAGAAACUGGUGCCUUAUGGAAAAGAUUUCAAAGUGGAUUGCAAAGCUUCUGGGUCCCCUGAACCAGAGAUAUCAUGGAGUUUGCCAGAUGGCACAAUGAUCAACAAUGUGAUGCAAGCAGAUGACAGUGGACAUAGGUCUCGGAGAUAUAUUCUGUUUGACAAUGGCACUUUGUAUUUCAACAAAAUUGGUGUAGCUGAGGAGGGAGACUACACAUGUUAUGCUCAAAACACCCUUGGAAAAGAUGAAAUGAAAGUCCACAUAACAGUAGUAGCAACUGCACCUCGUAUCAAGCAUAAUUCUAAGACCUAUGUAAAGAUAAAAGCAGGUGAUAGUGCAAUCUUUGAUUGUGAUGCCACAGGGGAACCUAAACCAAAAAUAUUUUGGUUGUUGCCUUCCAGUGACAUGAUCUCUGCUUCAACUCAGAGAUAUUUUCUUCAUGUUAAUGGGUCAUUGUCUGUCACUAAAGUGAGGCUCAUUGAUGCAGGAGAAUACAUUUGUGUGGCACGUAAUUCUGGUGGUGAUGAUACAAAGCUUUAUAAACUAGAUGUUGUCUCUAAACCACCUCUCAUCAAUGGUUUGUAUACAAACAAGACAGUCAUUAAAAUUACAGCCAUCAAGCAUUCAAAGAAGCAUAUAGACUGCAAAGCUCAAGGAACACCUGUACCCCAAAUCAUGUGGAUAAUGCCUGACAAUAUUUUCCUAACAGCCCCAUACUAUGGGAGUAGAAUAACAGUACACAAAAAUGGGACUCUUGAAAUCCGUAAUGUAAGGCCUUCCGAUUCAGCAGAGUUUAUAUGUGUAGCACGUAAUGAUGGGGGAGAAAGCAUAUUGGUAGUUCAGCUGGAGGUGUUAGAGAUGCUAAGGCGUCCUGUGUUCAGAAAUCCAUUUAAUGAAAAGGUGAUAGCAAAGCCUGGAAAAAUCAUCUUCUUGAAUUGCUCUGUAGAUGGAAAUCCACCUCCUGAGAUAAUCUGGAUGCUACCAAAUGGCACACGGCUCUCCCCUGGUUUUAGAACACAUCACUACUUCUUGGGAAGCAAUGGUACCCUUGUCAUCAAUAGCCCUUCUAAAGCAGAUGUGGGCAAGUACCGAUGUGCAGCUAAAAAUAAAGUUGGCUAUAUUGAAAAACUGAUUGUUUUAGAAGUAGGCCAGAAACCCACUAUUUUUAUCCAUUCAAGAGGGGUUAUCAAAAGCACUAGUGGAGAAUCCUUAUCACUACACUGUCUUGCUGGCGGAAGCCCCAAGCCAAACAUUAUAUGGACGGUUCCUAGUGGCUAUGUUUUAGACCAUCCUCAGAUUAAUGGGAAAUAUACAUUACUGGAAAAUGGUACUUUAUUCAUAAGAGAAACCACUGAUAAUGACAGAGGAAGCUACACAUGCAAAGCUCAGAAUUAUGUUGGUGAAUCAACAGUAGUGGUUUUUGUAAUGACUGUGGCACAUCCACCAAGGAUUACAAAUAGACCACCAAGGAGUAUUCACACUAUUGCUGGGGUAGCACUUCAGCUUCACUGCAUGGCCUUGGGAGUACCAAGCCCAGAAAUUACAUGGGAACUGCCUGAUCACUCACUGCUUUCCACAGGUAGCAAAAGCCAGCCAUCUGGAAAUGAACUUCUUCAUCCACAAGGAACAUUAGUAAUUCAGAAUCCAAAAUCAUCAGAUUCUGGCAUAUAUAAGUGUAUGGCAAAGAACCAGCUUGGCACAGAUUCCACUGUAACAUACGUUCAAGUCAUCUAA